AAACCCAAACCAAAAACCCCCAACAGUACAUAUAUUAUCAUCCGCUCAGUCCCUCAGACAUGAGCUUCUCUCGAAACCUCUCCAUCUUCUUCCUUUUACUCACUCUCGCUCUUCCCUUAACAAAAGCAGCCACUUUCGACAUCCGCAACAAUUGCCAAUUCCGUGUCUGGGCUGCCGCUGUCCCCGGAGGUGGUCGGCAGCUCGACGUAGGCAAAACUUGGACUAUCAACGUCAAUGCUGGAACUACACAGGCUCGCAUUUGGGCUCGAACCAAUUGCAACUUCGACGGAGCCGGACGUGGAAAUUGCGAGACCGGAGACUGCGGUGGCCUUCUAGAAUGCCAAGCCUACGGAAAACCUCCGAACACGCUCGCCGAGUACGCUCUCAACCAGUUCAACAACUUGGAUUUCAUCGAUAUCUCGCUCGUCGACGGUUUCAAUGUUCCGAUGGAGUUCAGCCCCACGUCAGGUGGAUGCGACAAGGUGAUCAGAUGCACCGCCGACAUCAACGGUCAGUGUCCGAACGAGUUGAAAGCACCGGGAGGCUGUAACAACCCGUGCACUGUGUUCAAAACCGAUGAGUAUUGCUGCAACUCCGGCAACUGCGGACCAACAAAUUUCUCGAGGUUCUUUAAGGAGCGUUGCCCUGCUGCUUAUAGCUAUCCUAAAGAUGAUCCAACAAGCACUUUUACGUGCCCUGGAGGAACCAACUACAAGGUUGUCUUCUGUCCUUGAAAGCAGUAGUACUUUUAGAUCAUCGGUCAUGAUCAGCUAAGUAUUAAGCAGUAUUUUUUAUUCAAUAACAGCAAAUUGCUCGAGGGCAUUUUGUGUAGUAUGUGUUUAGCAUUGUGUUGCGCGACAAUGUCACAUAUAUGCUAUAAGAAAAGUUUAUCAUGCUCGUUAUAUUUCUAAUAUUUCUUAAUAUUAUAUAUGCAUCUUAUUUUCUAA